AUGCCCCCAGCUUCUACAGACUCCCAAGCUUUUCUCUCGUCGCUGUUUGAAGAACUGCUAGGAGCAGAUACUUACAAUGACCUACUCAGUCACCCCUCGCCCAGAAACUACUUGGAUGCUGGGAGGAAGCUCUCUUGGGGGCUUAUAAGCCAGAAUCUUCAGGGCCUCAACAGGCUCCAGCUCACUGCUGACGAAGAAAGGAAAUACAUCAAGGGGGCCACCGAUGCCAUGUGUAGCGAUACCCAGGACAUCCUGCAGAGUACCAGUAAGACGCUUGAACAGCUGGCCUGGGAUGCCAACUGGGCAAUUGUGAAUGGUUUCGAACACUUUGAUGGCAUCCAGCCACAGGAUCAGAUUCUACGCUCCAUGCUUACUCGAAACCAUAGUUACCUGCUAGACAGUCUUAUUCUAGCAAAUAGAUUGAUGCAGUACUGUGCAGAUUUCGACAACAAAAUCGUCCCCUUGUGCGCCGACGACAGUAUGCCCCCCGAAGAACGACUAGCUGCAGUAGAACAGCUCAUAAAUGAGUCAUCACUACUGCAAGCAGCAAGUAUCCUCAAAAACUGGCAGUUUGCCGAAAUCCAUAAAACUUAUGAGAAUACACUUCUGGGAAAGCCCGCUGCAACAGCGACCACGCCAAGCCAAUACCACUCGCCAGAGACCGCAAUGGAGCAGCUAUUACCGGAGAUAGACUUUCAGUCAUGGCCGCUGUCCUAUGCUGCCAGCUUGCACGGGCCCAUGUCGGCGUUUAUAAAGAUUGGGGGUCUCCUCGCCGUUGGGACACGAGAAUGCAAGAUUGUAGGCCUGCUUCUCAGUGCGGCCACGCAGCCGCAGUCGAAGAAGGGGGGCUCGACGAGGGGACGACCGAUCGAUAUCCCGGCACGUAUCGCAGAUGUGGAGAGAUACAGCACAACUCACCGAAAGUACUGGCACUUCACUGCAGACGACGGGAAGGAAAUCAUGAACUGGCUUAAAGACGGGGCCGACAUGGCGGACUGGCCAAAAUACAUGUGCAUUGCACUUAAGGAGGGGCGAAAGUUGUCACUGAGCAUCCCGACGUUCUGGCCCACUUGA